AUGGAAGACAGAAGAGCUGAGAAGUCAUGUGAACAAGCAUGUGAAUCCCUCAAGAGGCAGGACUAUGAAAUGGCCCUCAAACACUGCACAGAGGCCCUUCUUUCUCUUGGCCAGUACUCCAUGGCUGACUUCACAGGGCCAUGUUCACUAGAAAUAGAAAGCAUCAAAAUUGAGAGUCUUCUUUAUAGAAUUGCCUCAUUUUUGCAACUGAAAAAGUAUGGACAAGCUGAUGAAGAUUGUAGGCAUGUGCUGGGAGAAGGACUGGCCAGGGGAGAUGGCGCCUUUCAGGCCGUGCUCUGCUGCAUGCAGCUGAAAGGAAAGCUUCAACUUGUCUCCAACAUUCUUGCCACGUCACUGACAGGAGAAUCCCUGAAUGGGAUGGUAACAAAAGACUUAACAAGACUAAAAACACUUCUCACAGAAACAGAGACAGCAACUAGUAACGUCCUCUCUGAAUAUCACGUGGAAGAUUUAGAAGAGGGAUCUUGUAAUGGUUGGCAUUUCCGCCCACCACCUAGGGGAAUCACAAGCAGCGAGGAAUAUACUUUGUGUAAAAGAUUUUUAGAGCAAGGAAUCUGUAGGUAUGGUGCCCAGUGUACUUCAGCACAUUCCCAGGAAGAACUAGCAGAAUGGCAGAAAAGAUACGCUUCACGGUUGAUAAAAUUGAAACAGCAAAAUGAGAAUAAACAGUUCUCAGGCAGUUACAUGGAAACCUUGAUAGAAAAGUGGAUGAAUUCAUUAUCUCCUGAGAAAGUGCUUAGUGAAUGUGUAGAAGGAGUAAAGGUAGAGCAUAAUCCUGAUCUGACGGUUACUGUCAACACCAAAAAGUCUCACCAGACAUGGACUUUUGCUCUCACCUGUAAGCCUGCAAGAAUGCUGUAUCGUGUAGCAUUGCUUUAUGAUGCUCAUCGUCCUCAUUUUAGUAUCAUUGCAAUAUCUGCCGGAGAUAGUACUACCCAGGUAUCACAAGAAGUCCCAGAAAACUGUCAAGAAUGGAUAGGAGGAAACAUGGCCCAAAAUGGAUUAGAUCAUUACGUGUAUAAAGUCGCGAUAGCAUUUAACACAGAAAUAUUUGGAACUUUUCGCCAAACCAUAGUUUUCGACUUUGGAUUGGAACCAGUACUCAUGCAAAGAGUAAUGAUUGAUGCAGCUUCUACAGAAGAUCUUGAGUACCUGAUGCAUGCAAAACAACAGCUAGUAACCACAGCUAAGCGUUGGGAUUCUUCUUCUAAGACUAUUGUAGAGUUUGAACCUAAUGAAACUACUGAUUUGGAGAAGAGCCUUCUUAUCAGAUACCAAAUUCCUCUCUCUGCUGACCAGCUGUUUACCCAGUCUGUUUUAGACAAGUCAUUGACCAAGACCAACUAUCAGUCACGGUUGCAUGACCUUCUUUAUAUUGAGGAGAUAGCUCAGUAUAAAGAAGUAAGCAAGUUCAAUCUUAAAGUGCAGUUGCAGAUUCUGGCAAGCUUCAUGCUCACUGGAGUUUCUGGAGGUGCAAAGUAUGCUCAGAAUGGACAGCUUUUUGGUCGCUUUAAGCUUACUGAAACACUUUCUGAAGAUACUUUGGCUGGACGGCUUGUGAUGACCAAAGUCAAUGCUGUUUAUUUAUUACCAGUCCCUAAAGAGAAUUUAGUACAGACCCAGGGAACCAAAGAGAAGGUUUAUGAAGCUACUAUUGAAGAAAAAACAAAAGAAUAUAUAUUUUUAAGGAUAUCCAGGGAAUGCUGUGAAGAACUUAAUCUUCGGCCUGACUGUGACACACAGGUUGAACUUCAGUUUCAGUUAAAUCGAUUACCCCUCUGUGAAAUGCAUUAUGCACUAGACAGGAUCAAGGACAAUGGGGUUUUAUUUCCAGACAUCACUAUGACUCCAACCAUACCUUGGAGUCCCAACAGACAAUGGGAUGAACAGUUGGAUCCUCGACUAAAUGCAAAACAGAAAGAAGCUGUUCUAGCCAUUACAACCCCACUUUCUAUACAGCUGCCUCCUGUUCUUAUCAUUGGACCCUAUGGGACAGGCAAAACCUUCACGCUAGCUCAGGCUGUAAAGCACAUACUCCAGCAACAGGAGACGAGGAUUCUCAUUUGCACCCAUUCUAAUAGUGCUGCUGAUCUCUACAUAAAGGAUUAUUUACAUCCCUAUGUAGAAGCAGGCAAUCCCCAGGCAAGACCUCUCAGGGUAUAUUUCAGAAAUCGCUGGGUGAAGACUGUUCACCCAGUUGUGCAUCAGUACUGUUUGAUCUCAAGCGCACAUUCCACCUUUCAGAUGCCACAGAAAGAAGAUGUUCUUAAGCACCGAGUGGUUGUUGUUACGUUGAAUACUUCCCAGUACCUCUGUCAGUUGGACCUUGAACCUGGGUUUUUUACGCACAUUCUGUUAGAUGAAGCUGCCCAGGCCAUGGAGUGUGAAACCAUUAUGCCUCUAGCAUUAGCAACUAAAAGCACUCGGAUUGUAUUGGCUGGUGACCACAUGCAGCUCAGUCCUUUUGUUUACAGCGAGUUUGCCAGGGAGAGAAACCUUCAUGUUUCAUUACUUGAUCGACUCUAUGAGCAUUACCCUGCUGAGUUCCCGUGCAGGAUCCUCCUCUGUGAGAACUACCGCUCCCAUGAAGCUAUCAUCAAUUACACCUCUGAGCUCUUCUAUGAGGGCAAACUGAUGGCCAGUGGAAAGCAACCAGCACACAAGGAUUUCUACCCACUCACUUUCUUUACAGCUCGAGGGGAAGAUGUACAAGAAAAAAAUAGCACAGCUUAUUUUAAUAAUGCAGAGGUAUUUGAAGUGGUGGAACGUGUGGAAGAGUUAAGAAGGAAGUGGCCAGUAGCGUGGGGGAAGUUAGAUGAUGGCAGUAUCGGUGUGGUGACUCCGUAUGCUGAUCAAGUGUUUAGGAUACGUGCUGAACUUCGAAAAAAGAGAUUAUCUGAUGUUAAUGUAGAAAGGGUGCUAAAUGUUCAAGGAAAGCAAUUCAGAGUUUUGUUUCUUAGCACAGUACGAACAAGGCAUACUUGUAAACAUAAACAGACACCAAUUAAAAAGAAAGAACAACUGCUGGAAGAUUCCACAGAGGACUUAGAUUAUGGUUUUUUAUCUAACUACAAACUUCUCAACACUGCCAUCACAAGAGCACAGUCCCUGGUUGCUGUCGUGGGUGAUCCCAUUGCUCUGUGCUCCAUUGGAAGAUGCAGGAAAUUUUGGGAGCGGUUUAUUGCCCUGUGUCACGAAAAUAAUAGCCUACACGGGAUCACUUUUGAACAGAUCAAAGCUCAACUAGAGGCUUUAGAACUAAAGAAGACGUAUGUGUUGAAUCCACUGGCACCCGAAUUUAUCCCCCGCGCUCUAAGACUGCAGCAUUCAGGAAGUGCCAACAAGCUGCAGCAGUCACCUCCCAAGGGGAAAAGCCUCCUUCAGAAUGAUCAUUUCCAGAAUGAUGGAAUUGUUCAACCCAAUCCUUCCGUUCUUAUUGGCAAUCCUAUUAGAGCAUACACUCCUCCACCUCCUCUUGGACCUCAUCCAAAUUUGGGAAAAUCUCCAAGCCCUGUCCAGAGAAUAGAUCCUCACACUGGGACAAGUAUUCUUUAUGUACCUGCUGUCUAUGGAGGGAAUGUAGUUAUGUCGGUGCCUUUACCUGUACCAUGGACAGGAUACCAGGGUAGGUUUGCAGUUGAUCCUCGAAUCAUUACACACCAGGCAGCGAUGGCCUACAAUAUGAACCUCUUACAGACGCAUGGACGGGGGUCUCCUCUACCUUAUGGCCUUGGCCAUCAUCCCCCUGUCAGCAUAGCGCAGCCUCAGAACCCGCAUCAGGAGAAGGAUCAGCAUGAGCAACAACGAAAUGGUAAAAGUGAUACAAAUAAUCCUGGACCUGAAAUUAAUAAGAUUCGAACACCAGAGAAAAAGCUUACAGAAUCAAAACAGAUUGAUUUGGAUUCAGAUCCACAGAACAGAAGUCCUGAAUCACGUCCUGGUGUUGUUUAUUCCAAUACCAAAUUUCAUCGCAAAGAUAAUCUCAACCCAAGACACAUAAACCUUCCCCUUCCUACUCCCCCUGCACAGUAUGCCAUCCCUGGUCGUCAUUUUCAUCCCCUUCCCCAGUUACCAAGAGCACCAUUUCCAGUUCCGCAGCAGCACACCUUGUUAAACCAGCAGCAGAAUAAUUUGCCUGAACAAGCAAACCAAAUGCCACCCCAGCCAAAUCAGGUAGUCCAGCAGCAGAAUCCUUUGAAUCAGCUGCCUCCACAGCCGCCACCUCCUCAGCUUUCUUCUGCCUACCAGGCAGGGCCCAACAGUGCUUUUUUCAAUAAUGCAGUUCCUCCUCGACCACAGUCCCCUCCUGCAGAGGCUGUGGCCCCUGAGCAGCAGCCCCCUCCCGUGCUGCAAGAAAGCCACAGUCCCUUACGGGCCAUUGCACAGCCUGCCCCCCUCCUUCCUUCACAUCUGAAUAACUUCACCGAUGAGAACCCCCCAGGACUGCCGAUAGGGGAGGCUUUAGAUCGUAUGCAUGGGAAUGUAGCCUUGGAAACAGUGCGACAGCAGCAAGUGCGGUUACAGCAGUGGAGUGAGCAUCACGCCUAUUUGAGUCAGGGCAGUAUUCCAUACUCACACCAUCACCAUCCUCAUCCUCACCUCCAGCAUCUUCCUCAGCCACCCAUUGGAUUACAUCAGCCGCCAGUGAGGGCAGACUGGAAGCUGCCAGGCAGUGCCGAAGGUGAAGCAGAAACGACAGAGUCAAGGUUUCAGGACUUACUCAGAGAACUGUCCAAUCGUGAUCAAAGUGAAGCACGGGAACUAGCUGAGAUGCCACCACCUCAAUCAAGACUUUUGCAGUAUAGACAAAUUCAGACUAGGAGCCCACCAGCAGUCCCCUCCUCCCCCUCCAGCACAGACCACAGUAGCCAUUUUUCUAACUUUAACGACAAUAGCAGAGACGUUGAAGUAGCCAACAACCCAGCAUUUCCGCAGCGACUGCCACCCCAGAUAUUCAGCUCGCCUUUCUCGUUGCCAUCUGAACACUUUGCCCCUCCUCCCUUGAAAUACCUGGCAUCUGAUGGAGCAUGGACUUUUGCUAACUUACAGCAGAAUCACCUAAUCGGGCCGGGUUUUCCCUAUGGCCUACCUCCGCUGCCUCACAGGCCACCACAAAACCCUUUUGUACAAAUACAGAAUCAUCAACACGCUAUUGGUCAAGAGCCAUUUCACCCAUUGUCAUCUCGAACAGUAUCUUCUUCUUCGCUCCCUAGCUUAGAAGAGUAUGAACCCAGAGGACCCGGCCGGCCCUUGUACCAAAGAAGAAUCUCCUCUAGCUCAGUCCAACCGUGUUCUGAAGAAGAAAGCACUCCUGAAGAUAGCCUUGCUCAGUGUAAAGAGCUUCAGGACCACAGUAACCAAUCCUCUUUCAACUUUCUAUCCCCGGAGUCCUGGGUGAACGCCACCUCAUCUACUCCCUAUCAGAACAUUCCGUGCAAUGGAUCCAGCAGAGCAGCGCAGCCCAGAGAAUUGAUAGCUCCUCCCAAGACCGUCAAACCCCCUGAGGAUCCACUGAAGUCUGAGAACCUCGAGGCGUCCAGUUCCUUCAACUACAAUGUGCUGCAGCAUCUCGGCCAGUUCCCCCCCCUCAUGCCCAACAAGCAGAUCGCAGAGUCGGCUAACAGCAGUGGCCAGCAGACCCCGGCGGGCAGCAAGCCCGCCAUGUCCUAUGCCAGCGCUCUGCGGGCGCCCCCCAAGCCCAGGCCCCCGCCUGAGCAGGCCAAGAAGAGCAGCGACCCUCUGUCUCUGUUCCAGGAACUCAGCCUGGGGAGCUCCGCAGGCAGCAACGGCUUUUACUCCUAUUUUAAAUAA